GAACUCUGUUCCUACGGUUUUACGAUUGGUGUCAAGCUCAUAACGGAAAAAAUAAUCCACUAAAGGAAAGCAUACUGCAGUUGAUUUCCGAUUGCAGUAGUAGUCACGAUAAAUGUGGCCAUACUUUAAAACGAGGGGAAACAAAAUAUGGAUUAUAUAACGCUGGUCUUUUGACAAGAUCUCAUUGUGAUUGUGAUAAACAAUUGUAUAAAUGUUUAAAAAAUUCUUCUUCACCGAUGGCAAAUCUAAUUGGCAUAACUUACUUUAACGCAUUGAGACUACAAUGUUUUAAAAAAGAUUAUCCUGCUGUUUGUACUCGUCAUAAAUACUUCCUCAUUCUGCAAGACAAAUGUUUAGAAUACAACUAUUCUAAGAAUGAACCACAGACAGUUCAGUGGUUUGAUCAACCUGACUUUUGAGCUUAUGUUACAUUUAUUGUAUUUAUUGGAUUCUUUGAUUUACAUUUUAAUUAACACUCAAUUUGUACAUGGAGAUUUGUGCUUACUGAAAAUAUCGUGUGAAAUUAUAUACUUUUGAUUUUUUUGAUGUGAACACAUUCUCCUCUCAAUAUGUUAACCUGUAAUAUCGUAAUUAAAAAAUAAAUUUUAAUAAACUUA